AUGGAAGAUACUAUGACAAAUAUAAGUGAAGAAAAUUUAAAUUAUAUUAAAACAUGUAUCGGAUAUUCCUUGGCGAAAUCCACGCUAUAUGCAAUAAAGACAGACACAGAAGACCCUUUAAAUGUUAUAAGCCAACAACUAAAAAACUUUACAACCUUCAAUGAAGACAAAAAAAAAAAAAAAAAAAAAUUCAUAAAAAAAAUAAAUUCAUACCAUAUUAAAAUACAUGACGAAAUAAAUAAGAAUUUUACAAAAAAUAGUAUUAAAGAUUUAUAUGAAUUUGGGGAUAAAAAUGAUGGCACUUUAUUCGAAAAACUGGACAGCUUAUUAAAUAUAAUUAAAAAUGUUUUGGAUGCUGAAAAUGUGUAUAUAGGAAAAAUGCAUACAGAGAUAGAAAAUGAAAAAAAGACAGGGAAAAAAAAAAAAAAAACGCAUAAAAAAAAUAUCUUGAAAUUUCUUUUUACUAGUGAUAAGUGUAACAUAAAAAACGAAAUUGUGCUUAAUGAAAUCCAAUUUGAAAGCAUAUUUAAACAAUUUGCAGAAACAAAAAAAGAUAAUUUUUUUUUUGAAAAAAAUUAUAUAUUUCCUAAUAUUAUAAAGGAAAAUUAUACUUAUGACGAAUUAAGUGAAAAUUUAUUUCCAAAUAUUAAACGUUUUUACGAAAACAAAAACCGUUUGAAAAUCAUAAAUAAAAGUGAUUUCAAACAAACUGCAAACGAGAGCCAUAAAGUAGAAAAUGAUGAUAUUUCCGAAUUUAGCAAUGAUAAUGUUCCAAAUUCUGAUUAUUCAAAUGAACUUAGUUCAAGCAAGAAUACAGAAUACGAGUCCUUACAUGAGGAAGAGUCAAUUAAUGAAACGAGUGAUGAAGAAGAUGAAGCGGAAGGAAAUGAGAAAGAUUUAUUAGAGAAAGAAAAUGAAAUCAUAAAAGAAUAUGAAAAUUUUGACGAAAAACUAAUUAAUACUCUAAAUAUGAAUCUAACAUAUAAAUGUACAUACAUAUAUGAAAUUAUGGAAAUCGAACAAUCAUUUUUAUAUCAAUAUAUGGUUCCUGGAGAUUUUCUUGCCAUCCCGUUAAUAUAUUAUUCAUGUUAUAAUCUUAAUUUUUUGAAUUAUUUAUAUAAUAUGAAAAACCAACCAGAACAACCAGCAUCCAAUAGUUUAGAAACCAUAGCAUGUAUGGCCCAAGAGGAUGAUGGCGGCAAAAUGGUAAACCCUGAAGUAAAGGGAAAAAAAAAGACAAAUUGGAUAAUUGAUUUAAAAAAAGAAAAAAAAAUAGAAAUGUGUCUUUGUAUAGAUAACAGGGGAAGUGUCAACAAAAUAAAUGAACAAAAAAUUUGCGCCCUAAUACAUUUCUCUUAUCUUUUGAUUAUACGAAUGUUAAUGUGUGAAAGAAAAUCCGUUGAAUAUAUGAUAGAGUGCGAGCAUGGAAGCGAAAGACAAUUAAUCGAUAAGUUGCAAACAAAAGUCCAAGAAAACAAUCAAGAAAAUAUCAUAAAUAAAUUUAAAAAUAAAUUAGCUGAGCAUCAUUAUUUUAUAGAAUCAUCAAACCUAAUAAAUUACAUGGCUUCAUUCCAAUGGAUAGAAAAAAAAAUUCUCAAAUAUCAACACAAGAUUAUCCAAAUAAAUAAAAUAAAGGUUGAGUUUAACAAAAAUUUGUUACAAACCUUACUUAAUUGUUUUAUAAUAAUAGAUCAUGAAUAUUCGAAACCCUCAUUAUCAAAAAAGAUAAUACAAAAUUAUGAAUGGAAUGAAUUAAUAUUAUACAUCAAUCAAAAUUUUAUAGAUCGUCUCACAAUGUUUAAUCCUCUUUUAGAAUUUGAAGAAAAGGAAAUAGAAAAACUUCAUGAGAUAAAAAAUUUGCUAAAUAUUGCACCUUUAAAAAAGAACAAUUAUCUGAAAAAUAUGGAGGGAAUAACUACAUAUGGAAUAACCUUAUUGGAAUAUUUUAAUAAUAUAACCAUAAAUAUUUUGGAUGAAGUUUUAAAAAUAAAAGAAGGAAAAUUAAUUUCAAAUACAUAA